AUGACCGAAGUACAAUCUAAUGAUAUGCCAUCGACGAUCAAUGAAAAUCUUUUCACAAUGUUUGAUGAUAGUAAAAUACUCGAACAAGAAGAAUUAUGUUAUGAACUUGCUAAUCAAUAUUCAGCAACAUUAACUUCACUCGAUCAAGAAUCACUUGAUCAGACUUUAUUAAAUUCUUUGUUUAAUUCAACUAAUCCACAACCAUUAGUACUUUAUAUACAUAAUGAUCAAAGUAUAGCUACACAAAUCUUUAAUGAAACUGUACUAUGGUCAGAAUCAGUCGGUACUUAUCUUACUGCUCAAUUUGUUUUAUGGUCGUGGAAUUUAACAAAAGAAAACUAUCAUGAACUUUUGACGACUGUUGUAACACAUGUAGGUGAAGAAGUAGGUGCAGUAAUUGAUUCAUCUUUGAUAGAAACUUAUCCAUUACUUAUUUGUUUGAUAUUUGAUCGUGGUGUUAUUAAAGUUGAAAGUAUUAUUCAAGGCACAAUGUCAGAGAGUGAAGCAUUUUCUCUUCUUAUUGAAACUCGUGAUGCAUUUGAUUCUCGAUUUGAUUUACCAGAUACAACUGGUUUAAGUCUGACAACAAUUUCAACUGAAAAUUGGUCUGUACCAGCAAGUGUUUUAACAAAAGUUAAUACAGAAUCAGGUGAAUUUCGACGAGUUGCUGCUGAUUUCGAUGAUGGAGCAUCAUCGAUUGUUGAAAUUCAUCGAAUUGAUAAUACAGUAUGGUUAAUGCAAUAUCUUAAUCAAAAGAAAAUGAUUGAUAAUAGAAUUGGAGAUGAUGCUACUGAGAAACUUUUAUUUCAUGGCUGUCCAUAUGCAUCAGCUGAACAGAUUCUUAAUAAUGGAUUUGAUCAUCUUCGUAUCGGAAGAAAUGGUACGUAUUAUGGUCAUGGAUUUUAUUUUUCAGCAAGUCGAAUAGUUAGUGAUAGAUAUGCUCUACCCGAUCCAUUAACAAAUGAAAAAAGAAUACUCAUGUGUCGUGUACUUAUUGGUCGAAGUUGUCAAGGCAAUCCAACAAUGAGAACAUGUCCAUCGAAUUAUGAUUCAACUACGGGUGAAUCUAAUAUUCAUAUUGUCUAUUCAAAUCGACAUGUUUUACCCGAAUAUCUUAUCACUUAUAAAUAA